AUGGAGGGGCUCAGCCCCGGACAGGGCAACAACACCACCUCGUCCGAGGGGCCCUUCGGGACGCGCGGCAACGCUACUGGCAUCUCCGACGUGACCUUCAGCUACCAAGUGAUCACCUCCCUGCUGCUGGGCACGCUCAUUUUCUGCGCGGUGCUGGGCAAUGCGUGCGUGGUGGCCGCCAUCGCCCUGGAGCGCUCCCUGCAGAAUGUGGCCAACUAUCUCAUCGGCUCGCUGGCUGUCACCGACCUCAUGGUGUCGGUGCUGGUGCUGCCCAUGGCCGCGCUGUACCAGGUGCUCAACAAAUGGACGCUGGGACAGGUCACCUGUGACCUAUUCAUUGCCCUCGACGUGCUGUGCUGCACCUCGUCCAUCCUGCACCUGUGCGCCAUUGCGCUGGACAGGUACUGGGCCAUCACGGACCCCAUCGACUACGUGAACAAGAGGACGCCCCGGCGCGCCGCUGCGCUCAUCUCGCUCACUUGGCUCAUCGGCUUCCUCAUCUCCAUUCCGCCCAUGCUGGGUUGGCGCACCCCCGAAGACCGCUCGGACCCCGACGCGUGCACCAUCAGCAAGGACCACGGCUACACUAUCUACUCCACCUUUGGCGCUUUCUACAUCCCGCUGCUGCUCAUGCUGGUCCUCUACGGGCGCAUUUUCCGCGCCGCGCGCUUCCGCAUCCGCAAAACAGUCAAGAAGGCGGAGAGGAAGGGAGCGGACGCCCGCUCCGGGGUGUCGCCAGCCCCGCAGCCCAGGAAGAGCGUGAACGGCGAGCCGGGGGGCAGAGAAUGGAGGCAGGGUCCGGGGAGCAAGGCUGGGGGGCCUCUGUGCACCAACGGCGCGGUGAGGCGGGGCGACGACGGCGCCGCCCUGGAGGUGAUUGAAGUGCACCGCGUGGGCAGCUCCAAAGAGCACCUGCCGCUGCCCAGCGAGGCUGGCGCCAUCCCUUGCGCCCCCGCCUCCUUCGAGAAGAAGAAUGAGCGCAACGCCGAGGCCAAGCGCAAGAUGGCCCUGGCCCGGGAGAGGAAAACGGUGAAGACGCUGGGCAUCAUCAUGGGCACGUUCAUCCUCUGCUGGCUGCCCUUCUUCAUCGUGGCCCUCGUCCUGCCCUUCUGCGAGAGCAGCUGCCACAUGCCCACCCUGCUGGGCGCCAUAAUCAACUGGCUGGGCUACUCCAACUCCCUGCUCAACCCCGUCAUCUACGCCUACUUCAACAAGGACUUCCAGAACGCCUUUAAGAAGAUCGUCAGGUGCAAGUUCUGCCGCCGACGGUGA